GGGAGGUGUCGGGAUAAAUAGGUCCGGCAAUGGCCGGGGUUGGCUGCGCUCGGAGCUGCCGGACCGGGGACUGGAAUUGUCUGGGCGGGUUCGCGCCGGGGAGGCUGAGGGCUGGCGCUGCUCGUGCCUCGCGCGCCGGACUGCGGAUACCCCGGGCCGGCCCCCGAGGCCGCGCACUGCUGCCCAGGGGAGUUUGGGGAGAGCACAUCCCCUGUGCCCUAAAGGACCUCUUCCUUCGGGAAGGGAGAGAGAAAGACUCAAGGCGGGGGACCCAUUCUGUCUGCUGGGGUGGCGGCGCGGGAGGGCAGUACCAUGUUCCUCUCCAUCCUGACCGCCCUGUGCCUGUGGCUGCGCCUGGCACUGGGCGUGCGCGGCGCGCCCUGCGAGGCGGUGCGCAUCCCCAUGUGCCGGCACAUGCCCUGGAACAUCACGCGGAUGCCCAAUCACCUGCACCACAGCACGCAGGAGAACGCCAUCCUGGCCAUCGAGCAGUACGAGGAGCUGGUGGACGUGAACUGCAGCGCGGUGCUGCGCUUCUUCCUCUGUGCCAUGUACGCGCCCAUCUGCACCCUGGAGUUCCUGCACGACCCCAUUAAGCCAUGCAAGUCGGUGUGCCAGCGCGCGCGUGACGACUGCGAGCCCCUCAUGAAGAUGUACAACCACAGCUGGCCCGAGAGCCUGGCCUGCGAUGAGCUGCCUGUCUACGACCGGGGCGUGUGCAUCUCGCCGGAGGCCAUCGUCACUGACCUCCCUGACGACGUUAAGUGGAUAGACAUCACUCCAGACAUGAUGGUACAGGAAAGGCCUCUUGACAUUGACUGUAAACGCCUAACCCCGGACCGGUGCAAGUGCAAAAAGGUGAAGCCAACCCUGGCGACGUAUCUGAGCAAAAACUACAGUUACGUCAUUCAUGCAAAAAUAAAAGCCGUGCAGAGGAGUGGCUGUAAUGAAGUAACGACAGUGGUGGAUGUGAAAGAGAUCUUCAAGUCCUCAUCACCCAUCCCUCGGACUCAAGUCCCUCUUAUUACGAAUUCUUCCUGCCAGUGUCCACACAUCCUGCCUCAUCAAGACGUUCUCAUCAUGUGUUACGAGUGGCGCUCACGGAUGAUGCUUCUUGAAAAUUGUUUAGUUGAAAAAUGGAGAGACCAACUCAGUAAAAGAUCCAUACAGUGGGAAGAGAGGCUGCAGGAACAGCAGAGGACAGCCCAGGACAAGAAGCGAACAGCAGGGCGCACCAGUCGCAGUAACGCCCCGAAGCCCAAGGGGAAGCCACCUGCUCCCAAACCAGCCAGCCCCAAGAAGAACAUCAAAGCUAGGAGUGCUCCGAAGAGCACAAACCCAAAACGAGCGUGAGCUAACUGCUUUCCGAAAUGGGGACUUCCUCUCAGAGUGAGGCCGGGCGUUACCCAGCCAGCCUGUAGAAGGCCACACACCCCUCGCCUUACCAACCACAGUCCUCUUCAUAGACACAUCUUGCAGCAUUUUUCUUAAUGAUAUGCUUCAAUUUUUCUUUUUAAGUCACUACAAACCAUAGUGGUAGUAUGUCCUUUGGUAUGGAAGGUAUAAGAAAGCUGGUCAAAUAAGCUUAUCGUAUUGAGAGUAAACUGUGUGCAGACUCUGUGAGAGCUCCACUAGGGCAAAGAUGCUUUCGUUCUUACAAUUUGACCUAAUAUGUGCAUUGAAAAAUAAAUGCCAUAUUACAAACAAAACACCCAAUUUUUUUUUUUUUUUUACAAUACAUUUUAUUUCAGUUGGUGGUUAGGAUGUGAGCAGUCUUUCAAAAUGUGAUUGAAAAUAUAAUGCUUCUAAAGAGGAAAGCAAGAGGAAUGAAUGUUUCAAAGAUCUUUGCUGUUUGCAGAAGAAUUUUUGUGAUCAAAGGGAAUUUUUGAACAAUCUAGAAAAGUAGGAUAUGGAAAAUCAGAAUGAGUCUGGUUUUAUGGUUUUUGUUUUUACAAAGAAGGCUUUCUUCUCUGUUUUCAGCUAGAAACCCUAAAAACUAAAACAAUAGUAUUGCUAAAUGAAUAAAAGGGAAAGGCAGACAGACAAAGUCUGGAUCCUUGUUUUCUGGCUACCAUGCCAUAGUGGAGAUGCUCUUGUUUCAUAUGCACAAUGUUUCUUACCAGCCCCUUUAAGCAGCACUGGAAACACUUUGUUUCUUCUCUAUGAUUCAGGUACCAGUUAGUCAUCCCCAAGCAUCUUGCACCUGUGGGUGUGAUGCUCAUCUCACUUCCCAGGACAUCCCAGGUAUCUCGAUGCCCAGCCUCUCUGCUGAUUGCUGGUGCCCCCAAGGGUACCUUGGGCCUGAGGUAGGAGGGUGGAUCCAAAGCCCCUGGUCUUCAGCCUGCUGUGGCCCCCUUGCCACAAACCAGCUCUGCACUUGGAAAAGACAGUUGCAGUCACUUGUCCAUCCACCACUCAAGGAUAUAGAAGAACAAACUGCAAGCUUAAGAGUAAAAUCUCCUUUAGAUGUACCAUUGUUGCUGCUUCUCAGAGAAGGGGUAAGUUACGUGUUGCAUUCACACACGGUGAUUAAACAGAUAAUUUAAUUUUAUCUCUGUAGGCUUUGGGACACAGAGGUGAGGUGUGUGGGUAAACCAGGGCAGAGUGAAGAAAUAGGGUUAAUGAGAGUGCUGGCACAGACACCCAUCUCCUCCUGAAAAUGUAAUUUCACCUGCAUCCUGCUACCCCACAGCAACAGAGCUAAAGGAAUCCAACACAAACACCCACACAGAGGUAUCCAUAAAACACUCCAUGUGUGUUUCUGUCUAAAAACCAAACCACUCUGGCCCUUAAGGAAAACCAGACAGGUAUUUAGGAUAGCAUCUAAAGAAAUCUAGGAAAGUCCAUGAAAAGGCAUUGACACUGUAGAUUACCUCCUUAGCAUAGUAGGAACUUGGAGGGUGGGGAGGGGAGUUAGAACUCUCAGUGGAAAUGAAAAAACUUCCUGCAAAACUUUUUUUAAGUGCAAAACAAUGUAAUGAGAGUUUGGAAAUGACUUGACAAAUUUAAACACUGUUUCCUUUGAAUAUUUAACUGAAAUCAUAUACUGCAUAUCACAACUUAAUUAGGUACAUUAAUUACUUUGAUUAAUUGAUAAUCUGUUUAUUUGUUAUAAAAAAGUUGAAAAUGAACAUCAGCCCACAUUGAGAGUAAUAUAACAAGUGUGGAAGUGGCUUUUGUGUGAGAGCCACAAAUUUUUCUCCCUGAAAAUAUUUUUUCCACCUAAAUACUUAUGAGAAAUCGCUCGCCUGUGGGGAUGGAGUUUCAUUAUAUAACGGUGCACCCUUCCUGCCAUCUUGUUGGGUUUUUCUCUUUGGAUGUAGAAUAUCAUUUUUGGUAGGCUCCAGUCUUUGUUAUUGAUGAUUGUUUGGUAGUUAGUUGCAGUUUGGGUGUGCUCAUGAGAAGAGGCAAGCCCAGGGUCCCUCGACUCCACCACCUUGUCCCCUUGAUGAAGCUACUUCCUUCAGAAAACUCCCAAUUCCUUCCGAAUCCAUCAGUUUGGUUACCAAAUCCUUUUCCGUAGCUUCUGCAUAUUGCCAGCAGUCCUGAGCAUUCCUUGGCUUGAGGCAGGAUAACUCCUGUCUGUGCCUUGGUAGUCACACAGUGUUCCUAUGGGUAGGUCUGUGUCCAAAUUUCCACUUCCUGAUAGUCACUCUUCUCACAGUUUGCAGUCUCCCUCUAUGCAUUUGUAUGAUAAAAACCAAAACCUAUUAUACAGAUUAUACUGUUUCAUAACUUGCCUUCUUCACUCAGCCCUUUAUUUGAAUUAGCUCUCACAUCACUAAAACCCAAGCCAGCUUUUUUAUAAUGGCCAUGAGGUAUUCCAUGGUGAGCAUCACUUAGACCUUCAUGUUAUUAGAGAUUUAAGUUGACUCUUAACUGAAUGUACUGAAUAACUCAAACAGCUUGAUAGCUAAUAUCUGUGCACAUCCUUAAUUAGUCCUGGGGGAUAAGUUCAUUUAAGGGGCAUUGCUGGGCCGAGGAGUAUGCCCAGCCAGCAAAGUUCUUGAUCCUAUUGUCAGUUAUCCUGCAGAAUGUUUGGCCCAUAGGGGUAUUAAAGUGAUUUUCCAGCUCCUCACU